AUGUCGCUCAAUGAGAACGAGCUGUCGCAGCUCCGCGAGUCCCUCCAGGAUGCAGUUGUGAAGUGUUCCGAGCGGUGUCUAUACUCGGCAGCAGAGCUCCUUAACGCGAUCCCCGAACCCUCGGUCGAUGCCGCCAUAGCCGAUGCAGAUGCCCAAUACGUCCCGACCGUCUUCACAGCGAACGCCGACCCUGAAGAGGCUCUCCUUGAAGCCAAGGAAAUCAACAAGUACCUGCUGGCGAAAGCCCUCUUCGACUCAAGGGAGUUCGACCGCUGCGCCGCCGUCUUCCUGCCCGAGUCCGUUCUGUCCGGUAUCCUGAGCUCCAACGCGGAGAGUACAUCAGGGACGUCUAAGGGGAAAGGGAAGACAAGAGCCGAGGCCGAGACGACGAGAGCCGCGGGCAGCAGCACCGAGCUGCCCCGGCUCAGCCAGAAGAGCUUGUUCCUGGCCCUGUACGCGAAAUUCAUGUCCGGGGAAAAGCGCAAAGACGAAGAUUCAGAGAUGGUCAUGGGUCCCCAAGACCUCGGGAACAUUGUCAACAAGCAGCUGAAUGCCGUCAGCCGGUUCCUCAGCAACUGGUUCGACGAGCGCACGACAGACGACGGCGAGGUCCUCGGCAGCCAGGGCUGGCUGGAGUACCUGUACGGCAUGGUUCUCGCAAAGGAAAAGAACGAGGACAAGGCAAUGGACUACUUUGUGCGAAGCGUCCACUUGUAUCCGAUGAACUGGGGCUGCUGGCUGGAAAUGACCCAGCUCAUUUCUCGGGUGGAUGAUGUAAGUCCUCAGCCGGCCAGGCCUGACCAAGAGCAGCAGAAAGCUAACACCCUCCAGCUGAGCCGCAUAGCAGAGCACCUCCCUCAAAACAUCGUCUCCUUUAUCUGGCAUCUCUACACAUCACUCGAACUCUACCAGGCGACCCCGGAACUCGCCAACUCAUUGGACUCGUUGAUGGGCAUAUUCCCCAACUCAUCGUUUCUCCUCACAUGCAACGCCAUGCUAUCGUACCACUCGAAAGACCUUGUCGCUGCCGAGCAAAACUUUAGUCGCUUGCUAUCACUACAUCCUCACAGGCUUGACUCGCUGGACCACUACUCCAACAUCCUGUACGUCAUGAACCUGAGGCCGAAGCUUGCGUUCCUCGCGCAUUUAUGCUCGAGCAUUGACAAGUUCCGACCGGAGUCUUGUGUUGUGGUGGGAAACUACUACUCCCUUCUCUCCAUGCACGAGAAGGCAGUGCAGUACUUCCGCCGAGCACUGACCCUCGACCGAACUUGCCUCUCGGCGUGGACACUCAUGGGCCACGAGUACGUGGAAUUGAAGAACACCCAUGCGGCAAUCGAAUCGUACCGUCGCGCGGUUGACGUCAACCGUCGGGAUUAUCGGGCCUGGUACGGUCUUGGUCAGACGUAUGAGAUGUUGGAGAUGCACACCUACAGCCUCUGGUACUACAAGAAGGCAGCCGGCUUGAGGCCCUGGGACGGCAAGAUGUGGCUUGCUGUCGGUUCGUGCUUGCAAAAGAUGGGUCGCGACCAGGACGGCAUCAAAGCACUGAAGCGGGCCCUCUUGGCAGACGCAUACUACGAUACUGGGAGCAGCUUCGGAAGUGGAGGAGACUUCCUCAAUGGUCGGAGUGCAACAGGCCACCUGGACCCGGAGCUGCUUUUCCAAAUUGCCAGUAUGUACGACCAUCUCGGUGAGGAGGACGAGGCAAAGGCGUACAUGGAGCUUUGCCUCGCGCAGGAAGGCGGCGAGGCCACCGACAACGCGCUGAACGAAUCGAUCGCGAUACACAACGAUUCUCCAGGCGCAUCCGAUGACGAAGGUAACGGAGACGGCCGUAAGGAGGGUGCCAAUGAAGGCACCGGAGUAACCGCAUCGACAAGCAAGGCCCGUAUGUGGCUCGCAAAGCAUGCUAUGCGGACAGCGGACUACACGACAGCCAACCGAUUGGGCACAGAGCUGACGCAGGACGGCUUCGAGGUGGAAGAGGCCAAGGCUCUGGUGAGGGAAGCCAGGGUGCGCAUCAGGAAUGCGGAAAUAGGCCUCACUCCUUGA